AUGGGUGAAUCUCUCUCCAAGAACCACUCUUCUCAAGUGUACAACUUGAAACAUUCUUCAUCGUCGUUAGGAGUGGUGGUGCAUAAGCCUCAUCAUUAUGCCAAACGCGUGAACGAUCAUCAACCUUCUCAACCACAACAACAACAUCAACAGCAACGAACACGUAAAGGAUCUAACUCCUCGAAUGGAUCGUCCUCUUAUUCAUCCUCCUUCACUGAAUCGUCUUCAGAGUCGAAUGAAGCCACCUCUCCAACCUCACCUCGUAGUAGUAAUAAUCAUAAUGGUCAGAGCAAUAGCGGCAGUAGAAAAUUAAAGUUAUUUGCGAGCCAUUCAUCCAUGUCCUCAAAUUCUUCACCAUCCUCUAACUCUUCUUCCCAAGAAACCAUUCUUUUUGUGGGUUGCGAAGAAUUGAAAUCCAAGUUCUUUUCUCAUUACAAGAAGAAUAUCCUCACAAGAACGUCCUCAGCCAUGAUGCAAAAGAUUUCCAAAGGUAACAAACAACACCAAUUGGCCACUUUAGGAAAUGAUGUGUUGCAGAAUUGUGUAGUUUACAAUCACAUGAAAUUCAAACUCAAAUUAGUGAAUGUUGGUGGAAUUGAGGACGAUGAGAAUUCUCUUCUUGAGAGGACUGGAUUAAUGAACCAACUACCAUCACAUGAAAGAAUUCCCUCUAAUUGCUCUCCUCUCUUUCAAAAUUAUGUGAAUCUUCAUCCUAGUUUUGUGGUCUUGUGUUUACCCAAUGAAUAUUUCCAAGACUAUUGCGAGGAUGUGAAAUCAACCGUUCGACAAUAUCAUGCAUCUGUGCAGUAUUUGAGUCAGUUAAUGUGUGAGUUAUUGAUUUUUGGGAACAUUCCAGUGUUGUGCGUGGCACAGAAUUCACAUACCAAUUUUUCCUUUAUCGUUAAAUAUAUGAUAUCCACUUUUGGUAAUUAUCGAGGUUUUGAGCAAAUUCAAAAGGAUAAUUCCCAACACUAUAUUGAUGUUAUUGAGAAAGUAAUUCCUAAUAUUCUCAUGAAUGUUCGCUCAGAAAAGGGGUGUGACAAGAUUACAUUCGAUUCCAUUAAGCCCUAUAUUAAGCAAUCGAAUACACAAAUUGACGGCUUAACCUUGCGAUUUCUAGAGCCAUUCAAUCUCACCAACGAUCUUGAUUUUUGGCAUUCUCUGAGACAAAACAACCAUAUCAAGUUCAUUGAUUUCAGCACUUACUGGCCAUGCUUUAGAGAUUCUCAAAUCUAUUAUGGGAAUCAAAGUAAUUCUAAUCCCAUGAUUGAUUACUUUAAAGAAGAUCAAUACCAUUAUCAACUCUUUGUGCUAUUCAAUCAUCCCACUCUACGUAAGGUUUAUAUUCAUUGGUCCAAAAGUGAAAAAAUUGCUGCCUGUAUGCCACGAUAUGUGAGUUCACAAUUCGAUUUCAAUCCAAAAUUUGAUCUUCACUACUUUAAAUAUUUCCUGAAUGGUUUCGUUCAAUUCCGUUAUUUGGUCAAGAAUUUUGCCAUUUACAUCAAAGUACAAGAAAUUGAGCUCAAACAACUCAAACUCAUUAUUGAAUGGAUUUUCAAGUAUGUGAAAAGUGGAAUGCUAUCUUCUAAAGCAACACUCACUAUUGAAAUUGGAAGCAUUCUAUCCUCCUCAAAGCAACCACUUACCAAUCUUGCAUUGAAAUUAUACUUUUACAAAGUAUUCCAAUUGAUGAGAUCGAUGAGACAUCGUAUCCAUUUCGAUUAUGCUGAAGGAAAGAAAGUGUUCCAUCAUUGGAUCGACCAUAGGGAGUUGUAUCCAUCCAGCAUGAAUGAUAUUGUUCAAUUUUUCAAUUACAUUUCUCUGAAUGGAUAUUCACAACAAUUGUGUAGUCUCAUGGUUUCCACUCUCAUGGGUUAUGAUGAAAAUGAAAGUCUUCUCCAUUGCAAGACCGUUCAAAGAUACAAUCUUGAAAAAGUUCAAUUCAUGUUUCAUGAAAAUGUGGCAAAGAAGAAAAAGGACUUGGAACGAAUGUUCAAAAAUGCUCUUCACAGGUUGUUAUGGGAAUCUUUUGAAGAAAUUGAGUCUGAAUCGAACAUGAUAUUAAGUGAUAUUAAUUGUGUGACAUUACUUUGA